CUUGCAGAGCACAGAUCGACAUCGUAAGUGGCCAACAAUGGGAGACCGAGAGAAGAUUACCACCAUCUCACCCACAACCAACAAGCCAGUGUUGGAACGUCAUGGGCCAACAGGAGUAGAGCUCGCAGAUCUACCGAAACGAGCCCAAAAUGCCUGGUUGAGGUACCGCAAGACAACUCUUCAGGAUCGACAAACGAUCGUUAGAAAAGCACUGCAGCUACUAAACCAUCGCCAGGAUGAGCUCGCUCGCGAGCUUACGGAGCAAAUGGGCCGACCCAUUGCGUACACUGCUAAGGAGAUUACUACCGCCGUUAUGCGUGGCGAGUACAUGCUCAAGAUCUCUGACCAAGCGCUUGCCGAUACCCCCGGCGAGGCACAAGAAGGUUUCAACCGGUAUAUCCGCAAGACGCCGCUUGGUGUCGUCCUGAUUCUGUUUGCGUGGAAUUACCCGUACUUGAUCCUGGUGAACAGUCUGAUCCCAGCGCUCUUGGCAGGUAACACAGUGAUCUUGAAGCCUAGCCCACAAACGCCUACGAUUGUGGAGCAGGUACAAAAGAUUUUCAUCGAAGCAGGACUGGACCGAGAUGUCAUCCAGUACUUCCACUGCGGGGACUUCUCCGCCAUCGAGAAGGUAGUGCAAGCGCGUCAAGUGCAGCUCGUAUGCUUCACGGGCUCCGUUGCGGGUGGGCUAGCGGUGCAGAAAGCUGCAGCUGGAAGAGUGGAGUGUCGUGUUGGGCUGGAGCUGGGCGGGAAAGACCCCGCCUACGUCCGUUCCGACGUGGACCUGAGUUGGGUGGCGGAGGAGAUAGUUGACGGUGCCGUGUUCAACUCAGGCCAAUCUUGCUGCAGCAUCGAGCGUGUCUAUGUGCAUGAGAGCGUUCACAACGACUUCGUCAAAGCCGUGCAGAAGGUGCUGUCGGGCUAUCGGCUCGGCGACCCCAACGACAAGAACACGCACAUAGGACCAGUAAUCAGCAAGGCAGCCGCUCAAAGGAUCCAGCAACAUAUCGACGAUGCCGUAUCCAAAGGUGCCAUUAACGCCACCCCAGAAAACAGCACGUUCUCCGCUCCUCCGGAGGACGGGAAUUACAUCCCUCCGACUCUCUUAACCCACGUCAACCAUUCCAUGACCGUCAUGCGCGACGAGACGUUUGGACCUGUGAUUCCGGUUCAAUCUGUGUCUUCCGACGCCGAGGCCAUCGAGCUCAUGAAUGACUCACACUUCGGUCUCACAGCUUCAAUCUGGUCGAAAGAUGUCGCCAAAGGCGAGGUGCUUAUCCAAGAAGUUGAAGCCGGUACGGUCUUCGUAAACCGCUGCGACUAUCCCAGCCCGGAUCUGGCGUGGGUUGGGUGGAAGGAGAGCGGAAAGGGUCAGACUUUAAGUGUGUUUGGCUUUGAGCAAUUUGUCAGGCUAAAGAGUCUGCACGUGAAGGACUACCCGAAGAGCUGAAAAUUCAAUGUUAGCGAUAUCCACUGGAACUUGUGUCUCGACAUGCUCUUCCGAUCUUAACCUGACAUCCGCGAGACCUCACGUUACUGUCAUCAACAUCAACCGAUACGCUAGGCUCAACCACGCCCACCUG